CAAGGCAGGUAGGAUUCAGAUCUAGGAACUGCAGAACAGAGCCAAGACUGUGUAGACUGAGAUCUGAAAACAUCUGCCUUUGCUUCCCAGCUGUUCUUCUCUCCAGAGCACCGAGACACCAACACUCACCAUCCCAUGUUACCUGAAUUUCCCAGCUCAGAGGAGUCCAUAGAGAGCUACCCUAGUGACCUUGCUCCCAGAGAAGAGGUGACAUCACAGGAGGACCACUGGCAUCACUACUUGGGAGGAGGUACCAUUGACAUUUCCCAGUCAUGGGUCAGACUUCUUCUUCUACAUCCCCUUCAAAGGAGGAUCCUGAUUUGACCUCCAGCUUUGACACAAACCUUCAGAAUUUCAAUAUGAAAACCAAUAUCCUGUCUCAGGAAUUGAUCGCCUACAUUGAAGCAUCCCUAGAGGAAGGAGACCUUCGGGAAACAGUUUCUUCAAUCAGCAAUGCUCUGAGUGACAUUGAGAAAGCCCCACUGAGCAUUGCAGUGAUAGGGGAGGUUGGGGCGGGAAAGUCCAGUCUCAUCAAUGCUCUACAGGGAGUAAAAGCUGAUGAAGAAGGUGUAGCUGCUCCCACUGGGGUGGUAUGUACAACCACUGAGAGAACACCAUACGCAUAUGCAAAGUGUCCCAGUGUGACACUAUGGGACCUGCCUGGUAUUGGGUCUACUGCCUUCCAACUACAUGAUUAUCUGAAGAAAAUCAAGUUUGAGGAGUAUGACUUCUUCAUUAUUGUCUCUUCUGGACGCUUUAAACAUAGUGAUGCAGAACUUGCCAAAGCCAUUGUGCAAAUGAGGAGGAGUUUCUAUUUUGUUCGAACCCACAUAGAUCUUGAUCUAAUGAUUGUACGACUUAGUGAUCCUCGGACAUUCAAUAAAGAGAAUAUCUUAGAGCAGAUUCGAAAUACCAUUUCAAGUAUGCUUAAGGAGGUUACCCACCAGGAGCCUCCAGUCUUCUUAGUCUCUAACUUUGAUGUGUCUGACCUUGACUUCCCAAAGCUGGAAACCACCCUUCUGAGAGAGCUCCCAGCCUACAAACGACACAUGUUCAUGAUCACUUUGCCAAUUGUUACGGAUUCCACCGUAGACCGGAAGAGGGAGCUGCUGAAACAAAAGAUCUUGAAGGAAUCCAGAAUGCCAAGGGCUACCAUGCCAUUCAGGGGACUGACCCAAAAUGACCUAGAGAUGUUGGAACAGACUUUGAAUGACUAUAGAUCUUCCUUUGGCCUGGAUGAGGCAUCACUGGAAAACAUCGCUGAGGAUUUGAACGUGACACUGGAGGAACUCAAGGCAAACAUUAAGUCUCCACAUUUGUUCUCAGAUGAGACAGAUACAUCCUUAACAGACAAACUAUUGAACUACGUUAGACAUCCUUACUUUUCAAAGGUUUUCCACUUGCAAAAUUAUUUCAUAGACACGGUUGCGAGCGAUGUUAAAAUUAUCCUCAGUAAAGAAGAGCUGUUGACAGAGAAGCAUCCUCCACUGCAUACAAACACAUGCAAGCCUUCCUCUAGAAGACCUUCUCCUUUAACUGCUCAACUUUUGGCAUUCAGCUUUGAAAAACUUUUAAAGAAUUUCAAGAAGGAAAGCAAAAUUUUCUCUGAGGAAACCAUCACUUUGAUUGAAUCCCAUCUGGAAGAUAAGAACCUUCAGGGGGCACUGUCUGUAAUUAGUCAUGCUCUGAGAAACAUUGACAAAGCCCCACUCAACAUUGCUGUGAUUGGAGAGACAGGGACAGGGAAAUCCAGCUUUAUCAAUGCUCUGAGGGGAGUGAGGGAUGAAGAAGAAGGGGCAGCCCCCACAGAGGUGGUAGAGACAACCAUGAAGAGAACUCCAUACCCACACCCAAAGCUUCCCAAUAUGACAAUAUGGGACCUACCUGGCAUUGGGUCCACUAACUUCCCACCACAAAACUACCUAACAGAAAUGAAGUUUAGUGAGUAUGACUUCUUCAUUAUCAUUUCCGCUACACGCUUCAAAGAACUUGAUGCACAUCUGGCCAAAGCCAUUGAAAAGAUGAACACAAAGUUCUACUUUGUGCGAACCAAGGUCGAUCAAGAUGUCAGUAAUGAACAGAGAAGGAAACCUAAUUCUUUCAAUAGAGACAGUGUCUUAAAGAAAAUUAGAGAUGACUGUUCAGAGCAUCUUCAGACGGUUCUCUUCAGUCAGCCUCCAGUCUUCCUAGUCUCUAACUAUAAUGUGUCUGACUUUGACUUCCCAAACCUGGAAACCACCCUACUGAGCGAGCUCCCAGCCCACAAGCGCCACAUCUUCAUGAUGUCCUUGCACAGUGUUACUGAGACUGCCAUUGACCGGAAGAGGGAUUUCCUCAAACAAAAGAUCUGGCUGGAGGCUCUGAAGGCUGGAGUAUGGGCUACCAUUCCACUUGGGGGCUUCAUCAGAAAUGAAAUACCAAAGUUGGAGGAGACGUUGAAUCUGUACAUGUCAUACUUUGGGCUGGAUGAAGCCUCACUAGAAAAUAUUGCCAAGGAUUUCAAUGUGUCUAUGAAUGAAAUUAAGGCACAACUUAAAUGUCUCCACAUGUUUACAAAGAACAAAGACAUAUUCUUCAAAGAAAAACUGUUGAAUUAUAUUGAAUAUAUUUCCUAUGUUACUGGGGGACCACUUGCUUCAGGCCUUUACUUUAGAAAAACUUACUAUUGGAAGAGUCUCUUUAUUGAUACUGUGGCAAGUGAUGCCAAAUCUCUCCUUAAUAAGGAAGAGUUUUUAUCAAAGAAGCCAGAAUCAUGCAUGUCUGACUUCCCUAAAUACUGGGAAACAGGAAUGGAGCUGUGAGGUACUAACCUUUGGACUGGCUUCAGGCACUGACUUAAAGCCAACUUUUAAGCAAAAAACAUUUACAGGGGAAAAACCAGAGGAUUCAUUUUUUUUUCAGAAACAGAAUAUUACAGUGGCAAGUAGAAAAGCAUUGUCCAGAGUACAAGAACUCCCUUCCAUUAAAGUAUGAGUAUGAGAAUAUAUGGUUGCAUACAUAUUGCUUGCAACAUCUUUGUCUAAUUAAACUUGGGUCAUUUAUCCCAUGGAGAUAUCCCAAGCAGUGCCACAU